AUGUCCAUGACGAUGACUGCCAUUCUAAUAAUUGGGGUGCAUUCCAUCGGCUCCACCCGCAUUGUCAAGCUAGGUCAAGCUCAAGCUAUCUUUCAGUUCGUCUCCGGGGCCCGUCAUGACUCACGGUUCAAUGCAGUCACUAACUACGGCCAAAGACGUCAGGAGAUCUGGACGUUUUCUGCUGUAAUUCAGGGGUUAGCCUCGUUUGGGUUCAUGCUCGAGUUUAUAUGGACUACCACGUCCGUUGUAGACGGGCCCGAAACUGUUAAGAAACUGUACAGACUCGAUGCUCCUUUCGAGAAGACUCGCCGGCUGUAUAUUCGAGUUAUGCGUGCCGAACUGAAAUCUCCGCUUCUAGGCUUGUUCCAGAUAGACAUGGACCAAUCUUUAAGUAUCGAUUCUUUCACGAGGCCUUCACCCCUCGCUCCAGAGACUAAAACCAUCCACGUCUCACGCAAAGAGGUGUUCAAUACCAUUGCCAAUGCGUACUGUUACCGCUGCGUUCUGUCUUCAAAGGGAGCUGUACAGAAUGAGUGGCGCAGCGGUCGUCUAGAGAAAGCUAGAUGCCGUGCGCGAGAGGGGUUAUGGAAAGUUCCCCAGGACUUGCUGUCUGCGGCUCUGAAGGGCGAUGAGAUCAAGCGGUAG